GGGAAAAAGAAUUUGAAACAAGAGAAUGACUGGAGCGUUUCAGCUACAAAAUAAUAACAUUUAAAUUUUUUUGAAAAAUUUACAUUUACAUAUCUGGAAGAGAAAAGAUGGGGUCAGUCUCAUCAAAUAUAUUAGUUAAACUCCAACACAUGUCAGAGUCAGUGUUUGUGGGACUGUGUAAGAUAGUGGGGACCUCACAACAGGUGGCAAUGAGGAGAGAGACUCACGACAUCAGGGAGAUGGUGACGAGACGAGCGAUAUCUAAUGAUGGGAUCAUUGAGAUGGUGAGUGGAAGUCACAGAGAAGGAUUCAGACUGAAGGGAUCUGAUUUGGACUUAAUGUACUGGCCAAACCACCACCGAGUGAUCAUGGACCUGUCUCAGUCCGAGUUUUACAACACAGCCAAUACAACCUUGAUUCUCUCUGACAGUUCAGAGAGUCCACCAGGAUUCACUCUAUUUCAGUUACUGACAUCAACAAGAUCCAUAUUCGUUCAAUCAGCAUGCGUCAGAAUGAAUGACAAAGUCUAUAUAUCUAGUUCCAUACACAGAGGGUUAAUUUGUUCUUCAAUAUUUCCUUCUCAUAAUACUACUGUACAUGGACCCUGCUCCAGUGGUAAUCUAGCAGGGAAAAUAGAAUAUGACACUGCCUGGUGUUUUGUUUGUGACUUUUGGCCUCUGUCUGCCUCCUCAUGGAUAAACAGAUGUCGCUCAUGGCCUGAUCCUGAAGUUGUCAAUGAUAUUGUCAGAAAUGGAUGCCACUUUGUAGCAAUAGGACACCCAUUUGGACCAUAUGAAUAUGAAGAAUGGAGAAUUUCUUUUUCACGAGCAGAGUAUAAAUGUGUAUCAGCAAUGAACCAUUGUCAGUUUUUGACUUACGGAUUGUUAAAGUUGUUCCUAAAAGAAGUUAUAAAUCAACAAUCAGAAGAAACCAAUGAACUGUUGUGUUCCUAUCACAUGAAGACAACUAUUUUCUGGGCAAUUCAACAAAACACACUACCUCACUGGUGUCCACAAAAUCUCCUGGUUGGUUUCUGGGUUUGCUUUAAACUCCUCCUUAAAUGGGUGUAUAAGGGGAUCUGUCCAAACUUUUUCAUCCCACAAAACAACAUGUUUCUGACAAAGGUCUAUGGCUCAGCACAAAACAGAUUGUUCCUACAGUUACAUGAGUUGUACAAGAAAGGUAUGGCCUGUCUGUUACAGAGUUCCUCUAUCAGGUCCUACAUCUUUGAUGUCCUGUACAAUCCUAGAGCUUUUGUUUGUACAGAUGAGAGUGUAAUGAGGUAUGAGUUUGAUUAUGACAUAGACAUUUAUCGUAACAUCUCUACACUUAGUGCAAUGAAAAUAAGUCAUCCAAAAUUCAAAGACACAGUAGAACAGUUAAUACAUUCACCCCUGACACAGCAACAAGUUCUCAUAUUACAGAGACUUACAACCUUUAUCCUUCAGCACACUGCUUUUAUAUUAAACAACAUGUGCACGAACACAAGUGUCAACAAACAUAUGUAUAUUGCAGACAAAAUGUCCUGUCACAUGUUGAAAUUAGCAGCCAAGUUUGGAUGUGUUUCUGACAUGUUGUACAUUGCCAUGUAUUAUAACAAGACACUCAGAUACAGGGAAGCUUUAUCUGUUAUAGAGAUGGCAAAGGUCAAGUUAGCACAGCCAUAUCUGAUGUAUAAUAUACAUGUAGACAGAGAGAGGUAUAAUGAGGCUGUAGGGGGACAGUCCUGGUCUACAAAGAUGAGACAUGCUGUAGCAUGGGAUAUAGAACUUGACACCAGAAUCUAUUAUAUCAGUGAGCUAAUACCAGAACAACAGUCUGCUCUACAGAACAGCGUGCCUGUAUUAGAUAUCCCAGUGUUUGUAAUGUUACACUUCCUAGAGUUCUUGUGUUACAGACACAUUGAUACAACAUUAUCACAAGCAGCUCUAGAUGAGCUACAGGUCCUAGUCCACCAUGAUCAGGGACUGUAUAUACAUGAUCUACAAAGAGAAAUCUCCUGGGAGAUCCUGGGGAUCUGUCAACAGAUCACAGGGAACCUCCAGUCUGCUCUAUACUCAUACCAACAGUCACAGAUCACACAGUAUCCAUUUCACAAAAUACAAACAGCUACACAAAGAAGAAUUCAGGAUAUAGUAUGAACAGCUAUGAAUUAGUACAUAUUAAUGGUUUAUUAAUUCCGAACAAGCCUGAUUACAAUUAAACCUUCCACUAGUUUCUUAAUUCUGAUACCAUGUGAACAACAAGUUCCACUUUUGUGUCAUUGCCUGGUUCUUGAUAUAAAAAGUUAACAUUGUUUGAUGGAUAAAUAUUAAAGAUAAUGGGAGUUUAUGCUUGAUGAAUUACUUCUGUUACAAUGUGUGCAACCUGAGCCAACAAGGCAGGAACAUUCCCCACAAGAAGAAACUUUUAAGGUGGAAUGCUAAAUCAAAAUUUCAUUUUACAAAUAAUUUAAGUAUCAUUUCUGAAACAUAAUUUUGUUGUACAAAGGAGGAUCAUUUCAUGCUUUCCAUUUCAUAAGGAAGUGGAAAAUCUAUUUUGGUUGCAAGUAAGAUAGUGUAGAACUUAAAAUUCGCUGUUAAUAAAAAUAAGAUCUUGAUUUCUUAUAACUCAUUCCAGAAAAUUCAAUACGACUCCUCGUUUUUUUUAAUGAAAGAAAAUAAAAAUCUUCUUUUUUUUGCAUCCUAUGUAAAAACUCACCCAAAAACAUAUAUUACCAUUUGGUGUACACAUUGGAAAUCUGUGACGUUCUUUUCUAUAACACAUAAGUAAGUGUCAUCAUGCGUUUUGAAUAGAGUUAUUAUUGUAAGAUGAGUUACAUGACCAAUAAUACAUGUACAAAUAAAAUUUUAAAUGAAUACAAAUAUAAAUGUAAGCAUUGAAUGCUUAUUUUUGGAUAUCAUCUGUGCAGACAAACCCACAUAAACCCACAUAUCCACGAUAUUAAUUUGUCUUCAGGACCUGGUGUGUUAAAGGACCGACAUUAUCCCAAAAUGAGCAUUCAAUGAUUAAAUACUUCAAUUCUUUUUUCUUUUUUCUUUUUUUUUUUAAACCUUUUAUUGUCCCAUCACUUAAUAUAAAGCAAUAUAUUUGGUGCCAGGGUUGGGGCCCUGGGAUCACCAAGUACUAAGUUACAUACAGUUAUAUAUAAAUAUAUAAACUUGUACACUUUCGUGAGAGGAUUUUCUCUUUAACAUUUAUACAUCAUUCAUCCAAACACAUGCAUAUGAAAAUAUGUAGACAACUAUAAUUUUACGUUAAUCUUGCUUUUGCAAUAGAUAAUUGUAUUACAUCAUCUGUAACUGCAUAAAAAAUAAUGAUCCUUUUUCUUAAAACAUUAUCAGGUUCCAUCGCUUGUUAAAACUUCAAUUCUUAAAUGUCUUUUUUAGAAAAGAUAUGUUAGCUAAGGCAAACUAUUGAAUAGGUCCCAGCAUGUUACAUACCUGUUUAUUGAGUCCCAGCAUGUUACGUACCUGUUUAUUGAGUCCCAGCAUGUUACGUACCUGUUUAUUGAGUCCCAGCAUGUUACGUACCUGUUAAUUGAGUCCCAGCAUGUUACGUACCUGUUUAUUGAGUCCCAACAUGUUACGUCCCUGCUUGUUUUAAGUCCCAGCACAUAACGUACCUGUUACUGAGUCCCAGCACUGUUUACCUGUCUAGUGAGUCCCAGCAUGUUACGUACCUGUUUAUUGAGUCCUAGCAAGUUACUAACCUGUUCAUUGAGUCCCAGCAUGUUACGUACCUGUUUAUUGAGUCCCAGCAUGUAACAUACCUGUUUAUUGAGUCCUAGCAUUUUUCUUACCUGUUUAUUGAGUCCCAGCAUGUUACGUACCUGUUUAUUGAGUCCCAGCAUGUUACGUACCUGUUUAUUGAGUCCCAGCAUGUUACGUACCUGUUUAGCAUGUUAC